GACCACUGGUAUUCACACGUUUUCUCUCGUCCCCGUUCGCCACCGAUCCACAUCCCCGUCGCCUUCGAUCGAUCGCUCGCUCGCCUUCCCUUCCGUCUCUCGCUUCCACACAGACCUGCUGAAACCUGCUUCAUCAUCGUCUCCUUCUUCCUCCUCUUCGCGGAGGAGAGAUCGACCGGAUGACUGGCUGCAACGGCAACGGCAACGGCAUCGGCAACUCGCCCGCCUCGGCCAUGGGGCAGCAGACUGUCACUGAGAAGAAGUUCGGAGGAAUCGCACCAAAGAAGCCUCUGAUUUCAAAGGACCAUGAGCGCGCCUACUUCGAUUCCGCGGACUGGGUCCUCGGCAAGCAAGCUGCAAGCAACAACGCGCAGACUGCAGCAAUCGAGUCCUUGAAGCCAAAGCUAAAGAGGACGCCCCAUCACCAGCUCCCCCCUCGCAAGCCGGCCUGCGCGUCCGGCUGAUCGAUCGCGAUGCGACAAGGGAUCACCGGAGAAGCCGAAGCGGACGCUUGGGAUGAGGAAGCUGGUGGUCUAGCUGGUUGCUUAUGUGUUAGGAGUCGAUUGAAUCAGGGUUCGAGAUCUGCAGUUAGACCCUUUUGGUUGUCGCAGCCUAAAAUUUGUCACAGUAGGGCUAGUAGCAUAUGCUCCUACAUUAUUAUGGCUUCAGUUUGAGAUGUUUGGUUUUCAGUUCA